UUAGGUACAUAUCAAAAUGAUACACCCUAGCCAUAAUAUGCAUCCACUGAUCCUAAAUGAAGUAUACAUCGCUAGGGACCGUGACCGGUGUCAUGGUUGUGGCGAAAAAAUAUUAUCAUGCAAAUCAUUUGUUUAUAGUUGCAGCACUGUCACUGCUGCUGGCACUAGUAUUGGUGCUGAUGUAUAUAAAGAUUCAUCAUGUGUCAAUUUUUUACUGCACAAAAACUGUGCAGAAGUACCCUCAGUUAUCCAAAAUCCAAAUAAUCUGAAAGAGCAUCUUAAGCUCUGCUUCGAUUAUUCCACCUACAAUUUUGACGUGGAUACUUAUACUUAUGAAUAUUUUGCUGAAACUAGUAUAUAUUGUGAUUUGUGUAAGGUACGAAUAACAUGGUCGCCAAAUCAGUUCUUCUAUCACAAUGAUGAUUAUGAAUCUUUCAUUUGCCUAAAUUGUUUUAUGUACCACACUCAGCCGUCCAUGGAGGAUCCCAAAUCUAUCCAUCCGUCUCACGAUCAACAUUUAUUAUCCUUAAUUCAACAUCCAUCCUCGUUCAGAUGUUAUGCUUGCAAUGUGGAUGACAAUAUUAAAGACAUGUCUUACAGAUGUACCAGAUGUCAGUUUUGGAUUCACAAAUCUUGUGCCGAUGCACCUAUGUCUUUUCAAUUUCAGUUUCACGAUAAGCAUCCUCUUAUUCUCUCAUUUUCUCUUCCACAAGUUUAUCACAAAUUCAUACAAUAUUGCCAAUUGUGCAAUGAGAGUUUGAGUCGACUCGUUUGGAUCUAUUAUUGUCCCCAUUGCAGAUUUUUUUCUCAUUUUCAAUGUGCUAGAUCGGGCCAGUUUUCAUGGAGCUCUGGCAAAAAUGGAAAAUAUACCUACAAUGUGGUGCAAUUACCGGCAGCUGAUGAAUUAUCAGUACAGUUACUGUACGAAAAAUUUAUCACGGCAGCUAGCAAAAUUACAAUGUGGCGCAGAUUACGAGCCAAAAACAGUGAGAGGAUCUUCCACUGGAUAGAUGGUAUGAAACACACUACUCACGAGGGACAUCAUCUGGAACUCAUGAGUAGUAAUGAUCAGUUGAGAAAUCUGCAAACUGAUGAUAAUACAUUACUUUUAUGCGAUGGCUGCGCACAACCCAUCAGAACCGAUCAAUUUUAUGGCUGUGUUGUUUGUAAAUAUUUUCUGCAUAAGUUCUGCGGCGAAUUGCCAAAAGAGAUCAAGCAUCACCUUGAUCCAGGUUCUGCAAGUAUGCACAGUGAACCAUACAAAUUAUUUUAUUGCUAUGGUUGCGGAGAUUUUUGCAAUGGAAUAUUCUUCAAAUUGGGUUAUUUUAAUUUUCAUAUCGGAUGCAUGGCAUUACCCGAAAGGAUCAAACAUGAAUCUCACCGUCACCAACUUGAACACAUCUUAGACCGCCACCUUAUAUUGCUUCAACUUUGCAAAGGAUGUGGAAGAAAUAUAAAAGCUAAACACAUAUGUUCAGAAUGUGAUUACUAUAUAUGUGGUUCGUGUGUUAUGAAGCCAAGUGUAGUCAACACCCAUGGGAUCCUCACUCACUCUGCUUGAUAUAUGAACCUAGCAUGGUCAUCGAUCACGAGCAUGAUUUCAAUUGUGAGUUUUGCCGUGCUGAUAUAGACCCAAACUUUUGGUUCUAUCAUUGCGGUACUUGUGACCUUUCAUUCCAUCUCAAGUGUUUUGAGAAGUCAAGUUAUCGUCGCUACUCAAAUGUUAAGUUUGGGGCUACAGGUAUUAUCAUUGAUAAAAUCCAUCAACACAGUCUCAAAUUUGUUUUGAACAAAAAUUUUCGUAAGUGUGAAAAAUGUCACGUGAAUCAGCUUGGUGAGCCGGUUCUUGAAUGUGCUGAAACAUGUAAAUUCAUAUUCUGCAUAAGUUGUAUUGAAGUUGUUACAAAGAAGCAAGAUGUUCGAAAUGAUUCCGCUGCAGAAUGAAUGUCAAACUAUCCUUUUGUUAGAUCAAUGGAGAAGAAAAAUGUAACAAACUUCUAUAAAAUUGUUUUUAUGAAUAAUGAAUACAGAAACA